AUGAAAUCUUACUCAAAUCACUUGAGGGAAGAAAUGGAACAGAUUGAAGAGAAGACAUUGAACACUAAGAUAGGAGAGCAGGUUGUGUUCAAAUUUGAACUGAUACCAUCUGACAUGAAAUGGAUUUCAUCCCACUUACGAGAACUAAACAAUUGUGCAACCUACUUUCCACCUUUUGCCAAUGUUUAUCAAACACACAAGGGAGUCAUGGUUUUAUUGGUGGCCCUAAAGCAACAUGGUAACCAUGGCAGUACAUUGAGAGACUGGCCAUUGCAGAGAAAGUGGAAAAGUCAAAGGAAAGACUUAAAGAUCCCAUGGGCAAACAAAGAAGUCAUAUUACAAAUUUAUUGCUCAAAACAAGUUGAGACAAGAAUUUGUUCCUCUGUCGGGGAAGUAUGUUGA